AUGGCGCAUCUCGUAAACCUAGAGGAUGUCAUCCAGGCCAUGGCCUGGUGCCUUGAUUGUCAUGAGCAGGGAGGGGGAGGCUGCGACACGCAUAGAUACGUGCCUCCUCAAGCUACCGUAUCCCAACAAGCUCCGGCUCCUACGCGGACCCGAGGCAAACACGAUCCGGCCAGAGUAAAACAAAUCCUUCGACUGCCGGUUGAACUACAGAUACAGAUCUUUGGGCGGAUGUCGCCUGAAACCUUUCUUAGUCUUGUCUGCAUCGUUCCAGAGGUCAGGGAGCUGUAUCACUCGAGCUCUUCAACGAUCGCGAAACUGAUCUUGAAAGAGCACUUGCCCCUGGAGGACAAGCUGUUCGGACUCGACAACAACGAUGGCUUACUAUGGGAGGGCCAUGCUAACACCAAGAUGGAGCUAUUAAUACGGCUCUCCCUGCUGAAGAAGACGUCAAUGCUCGCCGCUGACUUCUUGAUCGAACACUUUAACAUCGCCAAAUCGAGGACUCCGCAGUUCUAUCGGGCCAUCUCAACCCUGUGGCGCUUCUUCGCCACCACACCGGCAUGCCAGGAUCCGGUUCAGGAGCCUUGGAACUAUUUCCACACCUUGUCACACGCUGAGCGUCGUGAUAUCGACGCACUCUUCCGCUGGAUCGGGCAGGGGAUACUGAAGAAAUUCCCACCCAGUUUUCCUUGGGACCUUCCUCCGCACUUGGUCAAUGAGUUUGUCGAAUCGAAGAUGCUGAACCUUGUCGCAUAUCGCCUUGCCGUGAGCUACCUCCAAGACGGCCUCCGUCGUCUACGCAUGCAGGUCAUGUCCGCCAAAACGCCGGAUCCUCAGGCCGCAUUCGGCCCCGACUAUUUCUGGGACAACAUGGACUACUGCGAGAGAUUGAGGUACAUGCACUUCGAUCAUCGCACCUACACACUCUCUUGGACAGGCAACCGCCAUCAAGGAUGGCUUGAGGCCACAUUGACGGAGGACUUGACCUGGUUGCCAGACAUCGUGCGCGGCAUGACUGAUGCCAGCGCCAACGGUGGCCAACGGCUCGACUGGCGCGCGUUUGUUCAAACGACCUGGGGAAUUUCCAGCUAUCAGCGACCCAGGCAGUUUGAACUUGACUGCUUCAGCUGGCCAGAGGCACUAGGGACGGAGCUCAUGUUCCAGGCCGAGGAGACGCGCUAUGAGAUCGAACAAUCUCACCGCCUCUCCCGACGUGCUAAGGAGCGGGAGGAGUUGAUGAAGAUGAAGAACGCCGGCGGGCCAAAGAGGAAGAGGAAGACGAAACGUCGGCUAAGGUGA